CCAGGGCGCCUCGGCUCGAACCGGGGCGCGGCGCGUGCGCGCGAUGGCUCCCAAGAAGAAGGCGACGGUGCCCGGGCGGCAGGCCGCACCCGCCGUUGCCGCGGUGGCGGAGCAGCCCGGAGGUUCCGCCUGGCCCGGCGCCGGAGAAGAGGCGAGCGGCGGCGGCCCGAAGCGGUCCGCGGCCCCGGCAGCCAAGGACGGCGCGGCCGCCUCGGCCGCCGGCCCGGGCGGCGCGGCCGCGGCCCCCGCCUCGGACGCGCACGCUGGCGGAGGCGGCAAGCCGUCGUCCGCCGCGGUCUCGACUGCGGCGUCGCUGGAGGACUACAUAUCGGUCAUCGUGGCGCCCAAGAUGAACUUCCAGCUUCGCCGCCGACCUGAGUGGAAAGAGAUACAGGACAUCUCGCAGGAGGACCUGCGCCAGGGCUUCAUGAGCCGGUUCCCGCCCGCAUUCCGAAAGAGCUCCGACACCUUCUCCUUCCGGCCGGCGCUGCCGCUGACGGCCGCCAUCACGGAGGAGACGACGUCCCUGGUGUUCAAGCUCGUCUCCGACAAGAUGCCGGAUGAUCGCGCGAUGCUCAGCAUAUUGAGAGAGAUGGAGAAGAGCUACGAGGGCAUCCUGCGGAAGUCUCUGAGCGAGCGCAGCGAGGCUCUUCAGGAUCAGUUUGUUUUCCAGGAGGAGAUCGAAGAGGCCCAGAGAGAACAGGAGAAGCAGUUGCAGGCGCUCCGCAAGGACAACAGCAGCCUGAGGGGGCAGCUGCAGUCGGUCCAGAAGCGGCUGUUCCUGCUGGAGCAGGAGAAGGACCAGCUGCGGACGGAGCAGCAGCACGCCAAGGACCGCGAGGGGCGCCUGGAGCGCCGGCUCGCCGAGCUCGCGCGCGGCCAGGCGGAGGGCCAGGACGAGCUGGCGCGGCAGGUGGAGGCCCUGCGCCGCGUGGUGGAGGCAGCAGCCACGCCAGCCUUCGUGGAGGAGGCGUCGGCACUGCCCGGCGGGCCGGCGCCUGCAGCUGCGGCGCCGCCCCCCCCAGCGCCGAGCACGGAAGCUCCUUCACCGGCAGCCUCCGAGGCGGCGCGGCCGCGGAGGCGGCGCUGGGCGGACGAGUCCUCCGAGGACGCCGGGGACGAGGCCUGCCCCGCCACGGCCUGCGCGGCCUGCCAGACGGACGCGCCCGCCGCGCCCGGCGAGGAGGCCGCGGAGGACGCGGCGGCCCUGGCGCGCCGGGUGGAGGCGCUCCACGCGCAGAUGGCGGCCCUGCAAGGCUGGCUCCUGCAGGGCUCCGGCCUCCUCGGCGCGGCGGCGCCGCAGCAGACGGCCCCGCCGUAGGGGCCACGCCCGGGCGUCCGCCGCCGGCCGGUCCGCCUGCUGCCUCCUGUCUUCUCCUGCCUCCUCCCCCUCCUAC